ACAUAAAAGGUUCCGGCUCGCUUUGGUGAGCGUAGUCGUACGUGAGUUGUAUAAAACCGCACAAACGAUGGCCAAACAUCAUCCAGAUCUAAUAUUCUGUCGUAAACAACCAGGAGUCGCUAUAGGUCGAUUAUGUGAGAAAUGUGACGGCAAAUGCGUUAUCUGUGAUUCCUAUGUGCGCCCUUGUACGCUGGUGAGGAUUUGUGACGAAUGUAAUUAUGGCUCUUACCAGGGCCGCUGUGUGAUUUGUGGCGGACCCGGCGUGUCCGAUGCUUACUAUUGCAAGGAAUGUACUAUUCAGGAAAAAGAUAGAGAUGGAUGUCCAAAAAUUGUCAAUCUUGGAAGCUCCAAAACGGACUUGUUCUACGAAAGGAAAAAAUAUGGAUUUAAACAAAGAUAGAAUAAUCAGUUUGAAAAUGUUUUAUUUCAAAUUAUUGCUUGAAAUGUCUUUUUUUAAAUGAAUUCAAAUAGAUUUUUCGAAUAAUAA